AUGGAUGCCACCAACGACGCUGUGGACAGGAUCCCGGCCGCCGGGUUUGGCGAGGCCGGCGAGGGUGAUGUUGAAACCGCUCCGGCUCGAGAGGCCACCGGAGGGCAUUUGCUGGAAGGAUCGAAAGCCCGCGAAGGCCUGAAGUCGGUGAGGCGUAUCUGGGGCGAAGACAAAGUUCAAUAUUACCAGUGGGCGAAUCGAGGAGUAGGGUUUUGUAAUAAACUGUUGACGGCGGCUCGCGAGGUGAGAGACUGGGACGAAGCUGUGGUAAAGUUGAACAGGUUAAUUCACAGACGAGCCCAGCAAAUCGGACGACGCAAGGUUAAGGAAUCGGUCGACCCUAUCGAGCCGGACGACCUGGUAAAUCUGAAGGCCUGGCGCCGCAAGGAUCCAUAUGUUAAGAAAAACGACCGCGAAGGAAUCGCCCUGCCUUUCAGGAAGCUGGUCGUUGCGGAUCUGCCGGCCGGUUUCGGGUUCGACAAAUUCGGGCUUAUGGGGCCGAGAAAGGAGACGGAGAGUCCACUCAACCGAUUCCAUCGCCUCGACGCGCGCAAUCGCGAGAACGUGGCGCACGCCGGAUUAAAUAUCCGAACGUCAGCUGACAUCUUCGAAGAGGGCCAAAGGCAGCAUGAAGCGGCUAGGACAGAGAGGCAGGCCCAGCGGAGGACUGCAGGGACGACCCCGGAGCCUCCGUCCCGCGCCGGCGAGGCGCAGAAACGGCACGGAGCAGAAAUCUUCGGGGCUGCGCGAGGCACAAACGAGGCGAUGAGGGCAGAGAGAGAGGCACCGCGAAGAGGCGCGGUGGACACUUCGGUGCUGGCUAGAGUAGGCGUUCGGACGUCGGCCGACGUUUUCGAGGAGACGCGGAGGGAGUACGAAGAGACGAUGGCAGAGAGAGACGCAUCGCGAAGAGGGGUGGAUACUUCGGUGUUGGCUGGACUAGGCAUUCGGACGUCGGCCGACAUUUUCGAGGAGACGCGGGGGCAGUACGAAGUGGCGAGGCGAAGCGCGGAGCCUCGACGGCAGCGGAUACGGACGCCGAGAGUGGAGUCGUCGGGCCAUAUCGCCGGCGAGGCCGAGGAUGCGGCGGAGGGCCGUGCUUCUGCGGGGCCGCGCCGUCAGGUGGGACGGAAAAGAGUGGGUUUUGGCAACGUUAACCAGCCGGCGCCAAAGCGCGCGAGGACCAUGACCCGACGAAAUAGGAACGAGGAAGAACAGGCGCAGGAUCUCGCUAGCGUUCUGCGAGUCCUUAACGAGGAGUUUGCCGAAAAGGUGCGACUAUCUGAGGGCAAGGAAUGGUGUGUACCUGUCCCCCACGAAAGGAAGGUGAAAACGGUUGAGGCCUUUUACAAGGCGUUUCAUAACACGAGGACGCUGCCGAUCCUUACGUGUAUGUUCUGCUACCGCAAAUACAGCAGGGCCGAGUUGGAGGAUGUUAAGUGGGAAUGGUGGAUGGCAAGUUCAAUCAAGAAGCGGGACGGGUCUCCUUACAAAUGCAUCCGAUGCUUCCCUGUCGGGGAAAGGAUUAGCGGGUGCGCAGAUUGCAUGAGGCACCUUAGGCGAGGAGCCUUAUCUCCGGCAGCGCAGGUGCAUACACGGCUGGGGUGCGAGCAUAUGUUUCCCGACGAGCUGAAGUGCCUCACGCCGGUGGAGGAGAAACUUAUCGCGCUCAACUCGUGUUACGGCUUCAUCACCAAGUACAGCAUCACAGAUGGACACCGGCAGAACGGCAGAUAUCCGAGGCACGUUAAGGGGCAUAUUACCGUAUUCCCCAAUAACGUACAAGAACUCGUGACGAAAGUGCUGCCGCAUCCGCUGCUGAAGGUCAUGGACGAGAUCCAUGUGUCAUGGCAGGGGCCGGAGAAGCCGGAGCCAAGCGAUCUGGCCGUGCCGCUCUCGGUCCGUCGCCGUGUUGUGGAAAAAGCGCUGAUGUGGCUAAAGGGAAACAGCCCUUUCGUGCACGAGAUCGGAUCGUCCGGAAUGUUCGACCUGGAUGGCCGACCAGACAUUGCGGACGUGGAAAAGUUACGGUAUCUUGUGGAUUCCAUGGGCGAAACGGUUGCUGGCGAGGAGACGUGCGGAGCGGCCUGGAGAGGAUCGGCUGAAGUGCGGCGCGGGCGCGCGGCCGAACCGUAUAUCGUGGUUUCUCGGGGCCAGGACUUUGCGGAUUCCUUUAACACGUGGUUUUUGGCAAAAACAUUUCCUACUUUGUUUCCGUUUGGUAGGGGCGGUCCUCGGCAGGCCGAGGAAUGCGUUAUGGGUGCGGAAGGGGAGGUAUCUUGUGGAGUCGAUGCGGAAGUCGCUGCGCAAGAGUUGGUGUCGUCGCGGAACAUGAGUCUGGAGACAUGGGCGAAGCUGGUACUCCAACGUCACGGUGGCCGCUUUGCAGCACAUCCCGUGCUUGCUUUUCUCAUAUUUAAUAUGGGGGUCCGAUCGAGGAACCGGCGCGUGAGCAUGGCUAGUGUGCGGAAGCGCGAUUUCCCAGACGUGGAACGCGCCAUCCAAACGUUAACCGCCGCGAGACUUGAGAACGCGAGAGUCGAAUUGGAAACUUCAGGGAAGACCACGGACCAUGGUGUCAAUCGGCUGUUAAGAAACCUGUCCCUGUAUGGGUACCGUCAGCCAAUGUCAAGGGAGAGCCGAUUAACCAUGCGACGGAAGAUCAAGUCCCUUAUAAUCCGGUACGGCAUCCCGGCAAUAUGGUUCACGCUUAACCCCAACGACAUCACAAACCCGAUCAAGCUCAAGCUCGCGGCAUAUCGCACCCGCGAAUCGGGCGAAGCCGAGGAGUUCCUGAGAAGUCUUGAUCAAGUGUACAAAAGGUUUCGACUCGCGAUAUCGGAUCCCCUGAGUUCUGCCAUCUUCUUCCACCGGGAAAUCUCCAUGUUCUUUAAACAUCACGUUAGGAUCGGGGAGGACUCGGUGUUUGGGCGCGUUAGCCAGUACUACGGGGUGGUGGAAACGAACGAGAGGGGCGCGCUCCACCUCCACGGCCUCAUUUGGCUCCAGGGAAACAUGCACCUAAGCACUCUUAUGAGCGAUGUUCGGAGGGAGGAUCAAGCUGCAUACCGGGAUCGGGUGAUCGAAUACAUAAACAGCGUUUUUACGGAGGACCUCGACGCAGAGGCAUCUGCGGGAGUACGGGCUGGCAGGUCGGUAACGGCCGAAAUAUCGUCCUUGCUGGACAACAAGGGCCAGUUCGCCGCAUCAUUCGAGGAGGAAGCGAACUUCUGCGCCGGCGCCACCCAAAUCCACACGCAUAGCCCCACCGCCUGGACGUUUCUGAACGUGUGCACCCUUUACUGGCACAUCGUACGACGGUGGCCCCUCCUACGGCGUGCAGCUAUCGGGGAGAGCCUAGAAGAACCAGUCGAAGAGACGGUCCUGCUGGGGGAAGGCGGACAAAGGGUCUCGUUGCUGCAGGCUUAUCCGUAUCGCGGUCGGCUUCUGGAAGGCCUAGCUCUUUUCGACUACAUGUCGGUGGUUAGGUUGAAGCGGAAAGCGCAAGGUGUUGCUUGGGGAGAGGUGGAGCUUGACAGCUCCUGGCCGCUGUCGAGGUCGUGGGUUCAGGCGCUGCGGCGGCCAGGGCAGCAUGCGACCAUCUGCUUCGACGGGUACCUAAGCAUGGAUUUCGCCGAGGAGGACGACUUUUACCACAGGAGAGCAGCAGUGCAACAUCUUGGCCUCUUCGUCCCAUGGCAGGCGUUCUUAUGCGAGACGUGCGGCGAAAUAAACGACAUUUGGAACAAACAGAGGGCACUUCUACCCAAGCGCAUCUCGUGGCUAGUGGACAACGUCCAGUUACUGCGGCGAUCAGCCGAGGACGUGGCGCAGGAUGCCAAACAAUGGGCGGCAUUGUCCGGCGAGCUCGAACCCGCCGCCGAUGCAGCAGAAUCGGGCAGUGCCGAAAGGGCUGACGCACAGAGUAUGGCAUACCGGUCGGAUAAUGUCGGGACGGCGACACGCCUGAUAGACGUAUUGAGAAGCGCCAUAUCUGCGAAGGAGAUCACGGCCGGUUCGAGGGAGAUUUCCGCAAUGGUGGAGCAAAUGUACCGGUUCCAAGCGGCCGCCCUUGGCUCGGCAGAGGAUCUCCAUACGGCGGUCCUCCCUGAGACCGGAAUAAGAACCGCCAGCAUCCUAGGGGGGACUUUCUCGGGAGCAGAAACGCCAGGGCAGGAGCAGCUAAGAUCCAUUAAGGCGCAGCAGGCCGGUCUCUCCCGCGAGAGGGAGAAGGCGAUUCAGGGAAUACAGAGCGGGCCAGGUGAUGGGGUUGCGGUGCAUGGAGGCACAGCGCAAAACAGGUUUGACGGCCCCGUCCACCAGGACGACCCUUUCGCGGUAGUCGAUUGCGCGUUUCAACUCGGGGGCACGGAGCCGUCCACGAGAAUCCGGUUCGGGCCGUCCACAUCGUUCUGUGAAGUGGGGAGGCAGGUGGCCGAGUCUCUGACGCUUAACCGAAGACAGAGGAUCGCCCUCUGGCUUAUCUGCCGCCAGCUUGACCAAGUACGCCGCGAUGAGAGCGGUACCCCCCAGCUUUGCUUGUUCGUCGGAGGCGAAGGCGGCACCGGGAAGUCGCGCGUCAUCGCGGGCGUUGCCGAGCUGUUCCGACCUCUCCGAAUCGACGGGCAGACCAAGAUGGACUGGCAAGAAAAGGACGUCCUGAUUAUAGACGAGGUCAGCAUGCUGGGCGACCGGUCGGACGUCGAGUACCUGAACAGCACCUGCUACCAGGAAGGCAGGCGCAUCCCGUGGGAGUCGGGCAUCACAGUGGUGACGCCGCUCAAUAGGAACCGGUGGAACCUGAACAUCGAGGCGACGAUCGCUUUCCAGAGGCAACGGCAGGCGCCGCUCCGCAUAUUUGUAUCCGAGCACAAGUGGAAAAAUAGCGAACCGACGGAGGAGGAAGCGCUUAUGAUUAUGAGUCAUGGAGACGAUAGCGCAAUCCCGGUGACUGCCGUUUUCAUGUUCGUUCCCGGCAUGCCCGUCGUUGUGAACCAGAACACCCACCAAGGUUUUAAGCUGGUCAACGGCGCCAGUUACACGGCGGUGGAUGUCGUCCCAGACAGGGCGCAUCGGGGCCAUCGGGUUAACGCUGAUACUUUCCUCCACUUCGGCCCGCCGGCGGGGAUACUGCUAGCGUCGGAAACGACGAGGGACUUUCGCUUCCACGACGUCUCCCGCAGAGGGCUGCCCUGCGCAGCAGCCUUUGCGUGCACGGACUACAAGGUGCAGGGAAAAACGCUAGACCGGGUGGGGCUGGAACUGCGCGGGACAAGGACGACCAACAUCGGCGGGCAGGCGGUUCCGAGCACGUGCGACCCAUACAGCCUGUACGUGCAGCUGUCGCGGUGCAGGACGCUGGACGGCAUCACGCUCCUGUCCAAGGCGCGGGAGCAGGACUUUGUGGGCAAUACUGUGCCAGAGGAGAUGGCGCAGGCGGAACAGAGGCUGGAGCAAUUGAGCGAGGAGACGAUUCGGGCAGCGGAGUUAUGGGGCUGGUCGGGAGAAGAUUGAAAAGAAAAAAAAAGAAAAAAAAAGGAAGAGGAGGAAAAAAUAACAGCGUAGGUUACGUCCCAAAAUGAAAGCACAUUAUGUGGCGUAACGUUUGGCGUUUCAGUAAGAGAAAGGCGAUUAGGUGGCGUCACAAACUCCUCAGCAGGCAGUUUAUUAGGUAGAUACGGGCUCGG